GUCCUAUUUAAAUGUCUUCUUUUCUAAAUCAAACCCUUCAAACCCGUUGGUGCUUUGUCUUGGACCGGUGCUCAUCCGGUUGGGGCUCUGUCUUGGACCGGUGCUCAUCCCUUCUUAACUCUGUCUUUUGGGGGAACAUUUACGCAUUCCUUUUCCAAAUUCCAAUACAAUCCGUCUACAAUGUCUUCCUCAAUUUUCUUCUGCAGUCACCAACUCCACAGCGGCAACACCCACAUUCAUUCCCUCAGGAAACACUGUGCGUCGCUUUCUUCUUCGUCGCCAAAUUGGCCUCCAUCCCCUUUCCACGUGAAAUCCCAUUUCGGAAGAGCCCUUCGCGUCAGUGCCACAGCUCCAGAUCAUCGAGCUACCAGAAAACGAAUACAGACCGUGUACGGCAGAGAAGAAAAUUCUAAUAAAUUGGCUGAUGAAGUUGAUGAGGAGACGGGGCUUGCAGGGAUAACACUUUUUUCUCCUUGUAAGAUAAAUGUUUUCUUGAGAAUAACAGGCAAAAGGGAAGACGGGUUUCAUGAUUUAGCAUCCCUGUUUCAUGUAAUUAGUCUAGGAGAUAAAAUAAAAUUUUCUGUGUUGGAAACAAUGACGAAAGACCAUUUAUCGACUAAUGUUCCCGGUGUCCCCCUUGAUGAGAGAAAUUUGAUACUUAAGGCUCUCAAUCUUUACAGGGAAAAGACUGGAAGUAACAAGUACUUUUGGAUUGAUCUUGAUAAGAAAGUGCCUACUGGGGCUGGUCUAGGUGGUGGAAGCAGUAAUGCUGCAACUGCUUUGUGGGCAGCAAAUCAAUUCAAUGGGUGUAUUGCCACUGAAAAGGAUCUCCAAGAAUGGUCUAGUGAGAUUGGCUCGGAUGUACCUUUCUUUUUCUCUCAUGGAGCAGCCUACUGUACUGGUCGAGGUGAGGCUGUUCAAGAUAUCCCAUCACCUAUACCAUUUGAAAUCCCAAUGGUUCUCAUAAAGCCAAAAGAAGCAUGCUCCACUGCCGAAGUUUACAAGCGUCUUCAAUUGGAGCGGACAAGCAAGGUUAAUCCGUUAAGCUUGCUGGAGAGUAUUUCAAAUAAUGGAUUAUCUCAGGAUGUUUGUAUCAAUGAUUUAGAGUAUCCUGCAUUUGACGUACUCCCAUCCCUGAAAAGAUUAAAACAGCAAAUGGUUGUUGCAAGUCAAGGAAAAUAUGAUGCUAUUUUCAUGUCCGGUAGUGGAAGCACAAUGGUAGGGAUUGGUUCUCCUGAUCCUCCACCGUUUGUAUAUGAUGAUGAAGAAUACAAUGAUGUGUUCUUGUCAGGAGCCAACUUUAUUACCCGCGCAUCUAAUCAGUGGUAUACAGAACCCUCUUCAGCGUUUCCAAGUGUAUUGUCUAUGGGGUGUUGAAAAGCCUUCGAUGGAGGAGGAAAAUGCACCAGGGAGGGGACACAAAACCCAUGCACAUUGAAUAGGGAGAGGACAUUUGUUUGCAAACCCUGAUGCACAUUGUUUCGGGGAGCAGACACUAAGCCGUUAGUGAAGUUUCCCGAAAACCGGGAAGGAGCCAUAUAAAUAUAUAUCAAAUCAAUAGUUAUCGAAAAAUCGAAUAAGACCAAACUGAAUGUUGGUUUAGUAUUUGGAAGGUAAACAGUUAAUUUAAUAUGAAGCAGAGUCUUUCAACAUAUAAAAGUAAUACUCGGGUAGUUUAUUUCUCUAAAUAUAAUGUCGUAUAGCAAAUAAUACAUCCAUUGAGAUUUGAAACAAAAGUACUUCAAUAAAUAUUUUCAGGAAUG